GUGGGGAGGCGGAGGGAAAAGGUGGUGGCAGUGGGGAAAUCGCAGCCCCCUCGGAGCGGGGUGGCAGCUUGUCCUGCCCCUCACACACACACACAGACGCGCGCGCGCUCCGCCACCCCGCCUGCCCGCCCACGGUGCGGAUGAAUACUGUGGGGCAAGUAGUCCCGGGAGGACUUGAGCCGGGAGAAGCGGGCGAGUGCGGCAGAGGGGCGGGCGCUGGCGUCGGGGUGGCCGGUGGGAGCCGCUCGUAGGGAGCCGCGCUGCCCUGCCGGGCUAUGCCCGCGCCGCAGGGCCAGCCCCGGAGCUCCUGAGUGAGCUGAGGAUGGAGCCGCGGUGGUGGAGCCUGGCUGCUGGCUGCCUGGUGCUGCUGCUGCUGGGGUGCUGGGGGCCCGAGGAGGCGGUGGCGGCGGCUUGCCAUGGAUGUACAUCUUUGUCCAAAUGUGAUUGCAGUGGAGUAAAAGGUGAAAAGGGUGAAAGGGGAUUUCCAGGCUUGGAAGGACAGCCAGGUUUGCCUGGAUUUCCAGGACCAGAAGGACCACCUGGUCCAAGAGGCUCCAAGGGCGAUGAUGGACUUCCAGGGCCUAUUGGACCCAAAGGAAUCAGAGGACCACCAGGGCUGCCAGGAUUUCCAGGAACACCAGGACUUCCUGGAUUACCAGGACAAGAUGGGCCACCAGGACCUCAGGGUAUCCCAGGAUGCAAUGGAACAAAGGGAGAACGUGGAUUCCCAGGCAGUCCAGGUUUUCCUGGUUUACAAGGGCCUCCUGGACCCCCUGGUCUGCCAGGUAUGAAGGGUGAAGCAGGUGAAGUAAUUACAUCCUCGCUGCCAGGACAGAAGGGUGACCCAGGAUUUCCAGGACUUCCAGGCAUACCUGGCCCACCCGGCUCCAUGGGAAUACCAGGUCCAGUUGGGCCUCCAGGGCCCCCAGGUUUGACAGGACCUCCUGGUCCACCAGGGCUGCCAGGACCUAAGGGUAAUAUGGGUUUGAAUUUCCAAGGACCGAAAGGUGAAAAAGGUGAACAAGGUCUUCAGGGACCUCCAGGGCCACCAGGACAAAUUGGAGAACAGAAGAGACCAAAUGACAUUGAGUUUCAGAAAGGAGAUCAGGGUAUUCCAGGUGAUCCAGGCCCACCAGGUCUUCCUGGGCCACAAGGCCCUCCUGGUCUUCCCGGUGGCGUAAAAGGUGAAAAAGGUGAGCAAGGAGAACCAGGCAAAAGAGGAAAGCCUGGCAAAGAUGGAGAACCUGGUCAGCCUGGUAGGGAUGGCUUACCUGGUGGGCCUGGAAUAGAUGGUGCUCCAGGAAGAGAGGGUGAAAAGGGUGAAAAAGGUGACAUUGGUCCCCCUGGUCCUCCUGGAGUUGUCAUUUCAAGACCAGGCAUUGAUGCAACAGUGGGACCAAAAGGUAGCAAAGGAUUGCCAGGACUUCCAGGAGCCAAAGGGGAGCGUGGAUUCUCUGGUAGGCCAGGCCCACCUGGCUUGCCAGGUUCUCCAGGGAUCACUACCGUUGGACCUCCUGGCCCACCUGGCUUACCUGGUGAGAGAGGACAGAAGGGAGAUCCGGGUUUACCUGGUGUUUCUAUUCCUGGGCAACCAGGACUUGAUGGGCCACGAGGACCUCCAGGACCACCAGGUCCCCCAGGGCCACCUGCACCAUCCAUUCCUCCUGGUGAAGGGUUAUGUGAGCAGGGGCCGCCAGGUCCUCCAGGAAUUCCAGGACAACAAGGCUUUACAGGGGAGCGAGGCCAAAAAGGUGAUCAAGGAGACACAUGCUUCAAUUGCAUAGGAACUGGGAUAACUGGGCCUCCUGGGGAGAGAGGACCACCAGGACCUCCAGGUAGUCCAGGUUCUCCUGGUUUUCCUGGACCAAAAGGUGAAAAGGGGCUUCCUGGAUUAACUGGCCUUGUAGGACCACCAGGAUUUCCAGGGUCCCCAGGUGCUCCUGGGAGACCUGGUCCUAAAGGAGACCCAGGGGAUGUCCUGACUUCUCCAAGAAUGAAAGGUGACAAAGGAGACCCUGGCUUCCCAGGACCUCCAGGUCUUCCUGGCAUAGAUGGCACUCCUGGACGAGAUGGACUGCCAGGUCUACCUGGCCCUAAGGGGGAGCCUGGCAGUGUUGCAUUCAAAGGAGAAAUGGGUAUUCCGGGUGAUCCAGGAAUACCAGGUCUUCCUGGAGACAAAGGACUUCCUGGACCUCCUGGUUUUGGCCCACAAGGUUCACCUGGUGAAAAGGGCAUCCAAGGUGUAUCAGGCCGUCCAGGGCCUCCUGGAGUUCCUGGUCCAAAAGGUGACCCUGGCCAGACUAUUACAGAACCAGGAGUUCCUGGCCCCCCUGGUCCUCCAGGAAGAAAUGGUGACCCAGGUCUUCCAGGAGAUCCUGGUCAGCCAGGUCAGCGUGGCUUAUCAGGCAUCCCAGGUGCAAAGGGAGAGCCUGGUAUUCCUGGCAUUGGACUUCCAGGUCCACCAGGCCCAAAAGGUUUCCCAGGGACUCCAGGACCCCCUGGAGCUCCAGGAACUCCAGGUCGCCCUGGUCUAGAUGGACCUCCUGGACCACCUGGUUUCCCAGGACAGAAGGGAGAUCGUGGAUUUGGAGUUCCAGGACCACCUGGACCCCCAGGACCACCAGGCACAAAAGGAGUUCAAGGACCGAAAGGUGAUCCUGGCUUCCCAGGAAACCCUGGUCUCCCAGGACGGGCAGGUUUUGAUGGAACUCCAGGUCCCAAAGGUGACCCUGGACCAAGUGGACCACCAGGACUCCCAGGCCCACCAGGCAUCCCUGGCAUUGGUGGUCAAGGUCCACCUGGAUCUCCAGGACCUCCAGGUCCUGUUGGCCCCCCAGGUUCUCCAGGGUUGCAGGGCAUUCCAGGGGAGAAAGGGGAUCCAGGUCCUCCAGGCUUCGACGUUCCUGGUCCUCCAGGUGACCGAGGAACCCCGGGAUAUCCAGGACCCCCUGGUCUCCCAGGGCCUCAGGGUUCACCUGGGCCACCUGGCCGGGAUGGAAUACCUGGAUUUCCAGGUGCCAAAGGUGAGAUGGGUGUCAUGGGAGCUCCUGGUCCUCCAGGGCCUCCAGGAACUCCUGGAAGAAAUGGCCUGCCUGGCUUGAAAGGUAAUAACGGAUUACCUGGGCCUCCAGGACCUCCUGGACCAGUAGGACAGAAAGGCAUCAAAGGUGAAACAGGCCUGCCAGGUCCGCCUGGAAAAGUUGAUCCGAAACAGCUAGGAGCAAAGGGAGAAAAAGGCGAGCCAGGUGUUCCAGGCAUUCCUGGCUUAUCAGGACAGAAAGGUUAUCAAGGUCUCCCAGGUGAUCCAGGCCCACCAGGACUUAGUGGCCCACCAGGUGUGCCGGGAUUGCCAGGCAUCAAGGGAGACACGGGGCUUCCUGGACAACCGGGGCCAACAGGACCUCCAGGGUUAAAAGGUGCCAUGGGAGAGAUGGGCCUUCCAGGUCCCCCAGGGAUAAAAGGCAUCCAAGGAAUAGCAGGCCGUCCAGGGCAGCCUGGGCCUGCAGGAUUUCCUGGAUUGAAAGGGGAGAAAGGUGACCCUGGUCUUUCAAGCAUUGGUAUUCCUGGUCUCCCUGGACCAAAGGGUGAUCUUGGUUUGCCUGGAUACCCAGGUAGUCCAGGCAGUAAAGGUAUAGCUGGAAAUCCUGGUUUGCCUGGAUUUCCAGGCAGUCCAGGUGCAAAAGGAGAACCAGGCCUUCCUGGAUUCCCAGGAACGCCAGGAAUUCCAGGACCAAAAGGUAUCGAGGGGCCUCCAGGUAAUCCUGGCCUGCCGGGACCACCUGGGCCAGUAGGUGAUAUUGGUCGUCCUGGCCCUCCUGGUCCUUCAGGGGAGAAGGGACAGCCUGGUCGAGAUGGUAUCCCUGGACCAGCUGGUCAGAAGGGUGAACCAGGUUUGCCAGGUUUUGGACGCCCAGGACCUCCAGGACUUCCAGGAUUGUCAGGGCAAAAAGGAGAACUGGGGUUACCUGGCCCACCGGGGCCCCCUGGACUUCCAGGUUUGAAGGGAGAACCAGGUUUCCAGGGAUUCCCUGGUCUACAGGGUCCACCAGGCCCACCAGGAUUACCAGGGCCACCUCUGGAAGGUCCUAAAGGUAGCCCUGGCCCACCGGGUGUUCCAGGAAGGCCAGGUCCCUCAGGUCUUCCAGGUCCACCAGGCCCAGAAGGUCCACGAGGGCCACCAGGUAGUGGAGGACUUAAGGGGGAAAAGGGGAACCCAGGUCAACCUGGCCCACCUGGCCUGACUGGUCAAAAGGGAGAUCAAGGACCACCUGGACGCCAGGGGGAUCCUGGUCGUCCAGGUCUGAAUGGAAUGAAGGGUGACCCCGGGGUUCCAGGCGUUCCAGGAUUCCCAGGUAUGAAGGGUCCCACUGGACCUGCAGGACCCGCUGGCCUCACAGGCAGCCAGGGACUGCCAGGCCCGCCAGGUCCACCAGGUUUACCAGGUACCAUUGGACGAAGCAUUGUUGUUAAAGGUGACCCAGGUCCCCCGGGUCCUCCGGGACAGCCUGGGUCGAAAGGGCCACCUGGAUUGCCAGGGCCACAGGGAUUGCCAGGUCCAAUUGGUCUUCCUGGUGACCCAGGACGAGAUGGACUACCUGGUUUUGAUGGUCCAGUAGGACGUAAAGGAGAGCGAGGUCUUCCAGGCCAACCAGGUUCUCGAGGAAUACAGGGACCUCCUGGUCCUGAUGGCCUACAAGGCCCACCUGGUCCUCCUGGAACAGCAUCCGUUGCUCACGGAUUUCUUAUAACUCGGCACAGCCAGACCAGGGAUACACCACUGUGUCCACAAGGAACAUCAAGAAUAUAUGAUGGAUUCUCUCUUCUGUAUGUGCAAGGAAAUGAGAGAGCACAUGGCCAGGAUUUGGGUACUGCUGGGAGCUGUCUUAGACGUUUCAGCACCAUGCCCUUCAUGUUCUGCAACAUCAACAAUGUUUGUAAUUUUGCAUCGAGGAAUGACUAUUCCUACUGGCUGUCAACUCCAGAGCCAAUGCCAAUGAGCAUGGAGCCACUGACUGGGCAAAGCAUCCAGCCAUUCAUUAGCCGAUGUGUUGUGUGUGAAGCUCCUGCUAUGGUGAUCGCUGUCCACAGUCAGACCAUUCAGAUUCCUUCAUGUCCUCCCGGCUGGGACUCCCUUUGGAUUGGUUACUCUUUCAUGAUGCACACUAGUGCUGGAGCAGAAGGCUCUGGACAGGCCUUGGCGUCGCCUGGAUCCUGUUUAGAAGAAUUCCGCUCAGCUCCAUUUAUUGAAUGCCAUGGUCGUGGCACUUGUAAUUACUAUGCCAAUUCGUAUAGUUUCUGGCUGGCAACUGUAGAGGUGUCAGAAAUGUUCAGUAAACCUCAGUCAGAGACACUGAAAGCUGGAGACUUGAGGACGCGUAUUAGUCGUUGUCAAGUUUGUAUGAAGAAGACGUAACGUCUUGGAGACUGUUUUAUAAAACAGUUGAAAAUUCCUAAGAUGCACUGUCUUCCAGCUGCAACAAUGGUGCUACUGUGCAGAAAGAAAAGAAGAAACAAAUCCGAACUGUUUUAACCAUACAAAUUCAAGUGUACCUCACUGAUGUGCCAAACGAAGGGUUGUUCGGUACAUAUUUGACAACAGAACUAAGAUGAAAGAAUUGACCUCUUGGAAACAGAGAACACUUGAGGUUCACAAAGGAUCAGAAGAUGAAAUUUUUAAUUUCUCUCCCUGUACCAAAAUGGCACCUUUUUGAUGUAACCAAGAGAAUAAAGAAAAACACGACGCACUGAGUAUGUUUAAAAUAACAAGACUGCAGUUUUGAAAAACAUUUUUCAUGGUGCUACUAACCUUACUGUAUCCCAGGUUUUUAAUAUGAAAUUUUAAGCUUAUUUCUCUUUGUAAGUAAUGAAAUGUGUAUAUUGUGUAAACACCUUUUUAGUUGAAACUUUCAGUCAUUUAGGAACAAACCAGACUGAUAUAAAAAUGCUUAUGUCUAAAAUGAAAAGAUACGGCAGUAUUUUAUUAUGUAACUUGUGGUAUAGAGAGAAUUUACCCCUUACACCAACUUCUUCACUUAAUAUUUCAUUUCCUUCCUCAGUUGCUCAAGCUGAUAUAUUUGGCAAGUGCGCAAUUACUCUGAAGUCAUUUUGAUCAGGGUUUUAACUGUUGUACACCAUGCUAUCAGUGGUUUUAUUUGUGCUUACACAUCCCAAUCCACUUGAAAAGUUGGUUUUUUUUUUUUAUCUUGUGAAAAUAUGUGAAAUUAUUAGCCAUAUUCUAUAUCCUUUUCAGAAUAAAAGUCACAUUCACGUUUUAGUAAUCAGUUUGGUUUAACAAAACCUGUUCCUUGGGAAUAUCCAGUUACCAAAGCAUUUAAGAUUAUGCUUACAUGAAACCUCUACUCUGAAGUGAUAUCUUGCAUUUUAUCCAAAAUAGUGUACACGCUAAGAAGCCUUGUGAAUAAAAUAAAGCAUAAGCUGAUGGAAACUUUCCUAUUUACAAAUGAAUCUUAUGUGAAUUUAUACACAUCCACAAUGUAUUUACAGUAUACAGCGACUCUGGUGUACGUAUAGUUCACAUAAGGCCUUGAAAGAUGGUGCAUGCAGUCUUUCUGAUGUCAUUUUCUAAGAAUCCUACUGUGUAUGUCUUAGAGUGUCACUAAUUGUGCAAUAGCUGAAAAGUGAUCGCUUUUUGUAUGCAUGACUGUUCAGCUUCUCUGGUCAGUGCUGUUUCAUUUACCCUUCUGUAUAAACAGAGCUCCCUGACAAAGCAGGACUAUUUUUCAAGUGAUGAUACUUUAAUAUUUUCAUUGUAUAUUGCCACCUCAACUAUCAAUACAACUUAACUUGUGAAUUAACAUAAUGCUUUAUACAGGUGAAGUGUAUUUGUUUAUUGACUACUGUUAAGUAAUGUAUCUGCUAAUGGCUAUUCAUUCUUACCUUUCAGUUAUUGUAAACAUGGAACAUCAGAAAUCUCCUUGUUUUAUGCACAUUUGGCAAAAGACAUAGGACUGGUGACUGACCAGGUGGCAGUGAUUUAUACAAUGUGAUUGGUGCUGAUUUCAAAAGCUUUCAACUAAGUAUGAAACUGAAGUUCUUUAGUUUAAAGUGCAAAAUAUUAAUAGCUUUGUCUUUUUUUCAAUUAGCUGCAGUUAUAGAUGUUGGUAGAGAGUGGGCAAGUCAGCAAUGUGCAUCCUUCAACUCAUUUUAUUUUGAUUUACUGAUGCAUAUAGAAAUAAACUGAACCUGCUGCUACCUCCAAGUCAAGAACUUGUUACCAAAGCUGAAACAAAAUAGUAAGUCUCUUCUUGUAAACACCAGCCCCUGUAUUACUGCUGGCUCCUCAGAAGCCCACAAUGAACACAGCAGCCUUUCCCUAGCCCCAAAAAAGCAGAUGAAUGGGUGCUAAGGUCAAGGAGCUCCCAAAGGAAAGAGCUCUCCCAGCCUUCCCUACCACCACCCCCUGUCUUGCUCUCACCACCCAGAAGUGUUUGUACGUGGACCUGGGAAAGGGCAAAACAGGUUUGUUCCAGUAGUGCGUUACCAGUGCUGCUACUAAGAUGUGUCCUUUUCUCACAGCACAUACAACAAAGCCCACUGAAUUGAAAGGACAGGAGAUACCAUUCCAGUCUAAGGUAGAUAGCCCCCCAGACAGCUCAUCAUGUGGCAGCUUUAGGUCCCAAACCAGUGAGGUGACCACAGAAAAUGAAAGUAUGUGAAGUAGCUAUGCUUCUGACAGAUACAUUCUCUGUUCUAUUCCUGCAGCUCUCACCCUGACCUGGAGAACAGUCCUGAAUCUUAAUCAGCUUCAAGCUGAGAUUUCCAAAUGGGCUAAUUUUUAUUAAGAAAAAUGGUCUAGAGAGGAAGGAGCAUCUUUUAACUGAGACCUGCAGCAGAGAUUCAAGAGAUGUUGGUUUAAUUCCCACCACACAUUCUGUGCCUUAGAGCAGGUAAAUCACUUGACCUGUGUUUGACUGGAGUUACUGAUCUAUAAAAGAAAGCAUGGUGGUUAUUUUCUCCUACUUCUUGACUGCUUAGACUGUAAGCUCUUUGGGGCAGAGACGCUGAAGGGGCUCAAAUGUUGGUUGGGGCCUCUAGGUGCUAUCCAUCAGUAUAUAAAUAUUAAACUACAGGUAAAAGCU